AACACUCAAAAAACAGAGUCGCAUGAUAUAGACAGUAAAUCUUCAACAUCAUGUCCAGAAUGUAAUCAGUCAUUCUUUGGUAAAUGGUGUCAACUAUGUGAAUCCACUCGCACACACAUGGGAAAAAAAUAUAUUUUGAAAAGAGCGGGUCCAUUACGUGUUGCUUUAAAGGAGCUUUGUAUUCGAAAGGAUAACAGUUUGUCCGAGAUCAAGUCGAUUAUAAAAGCUAGUAAAAAAGCACCACGACAUGUAAUUCGGUAUUUUGGACUUUCAAGAAAUCCAAUCACCAAUAACUAUAUUAUCGUCAUGGAGUACGCUAACCAAGGUAACCUUCAUAAAUACCUUGUAAAUAAUUAUGUCACCUUAACUUGGGAGAAGAAAUUAGAAAUACUUAAUUCUAUUGCGAGCGGAUUACGACAACUACACACGGCAGGUCUAGUGCAUGGCGCUUUGCAUAGUGGAAAUUU